AUGUGGAUUACAGCUAAGAGAAUUGGUAAUCUGCUCGAGAAUUAUCACAAAGCAUCUUCUCUCACCUUUACAAUCCAAGAUGGCCCACAAGCAGGACAAUCGGUUCCACAUGUUCAUAUACAUAUCGUCCCUCGAAAAGUUGGAGACUUUGAGAACAACGAUGAUAUAUAUGAUGCUAUCGAUGAGUCGGAUAAGAAUUUGAAGAAAAAACUAGACUUGGACAAGGAGCGGAAGGAUAGAAGCUCGAAGGAGAGGGUUCAAGAGGCAGGAGAAUACAGGAAGCUUCUCUCAAUCGAACCAGAAUCAUAAUAUUGUUGGACUCUUGUGUAUUUAUUUAUGUAUUUGGAAUAAUUCAUAAUAAAUAUGAUUGUUGCAUUUUGUCAUAUAAAAUAAUAAAAUAUGUCUAUCAAAUUAAUAAUUGUAGGUAAUAUUUUAUCCUAAAUUUGUUAAAGUUGUAACAUGAUCUCUAGUUGUCUAUAUAUAGUUC